AUGCCUCCAGCAAUACCAGGCAAGCCGAUAGACAGCGACAUAGAACAUACACUACGACAGCACGUCGCCUUCUUAUGCAAUACCCUACCUCACAAGUUUCCGGGAAGUCAGCCGGUCAGCUUCGGAUCCCACCAUCUGCAGGCACUGCAGAGAGAAGACUACUGGGUAUGCGAGAAAUCAGACGGCAUCCGCCUCCUCCUCUUCAUCGUCAUCAACCCUCGAGGCAACGUGCAAGAAGUCUACCUUAUCGACAGACAUAACAAGUACUAUGAGCAAGAUGGUCUUGUGUUCCCCCAUUUUACGGACCCGAUAAGAAGCCUCCGAGAUACGCUACUUGAUUGCGAGCUCGUGGAGGAUACAGAUCCGCGGACUGGGAUGAAAACCCUCCGUCUGCUGAUAUUCGACUGCCUCAUCGCCGACAGCGAAAAUAUCAUGGACCGUCCACUAACAAAACGAUACGGAAGGAUCCGCGACCGGGUGUACAAGCCGUUCAGCGCAAUGUUAACCAAGUUCCCGGAAUUCCGGAAGCAGCUUCCAUUUCAAAUAGCAGUAAAAGAGAUGAAACCCUCGUACCACGUCGCCUCUGUCCUCUCCUCCCUCCCUACAUUACAACAUACCUCCGACGGGCUAAUCUUCACACCAGUAACGACCUUUUACGUCCCCGGCACCGACUCUAACCUGCUAAAAUGGAAGCCCAAAGCAGACAACUCGAUCGACCUCCUCCUCCUCCUACACUUUCCGUCUUCCACCCGCCCCUCAGAACCGGACCUCGCUGCCCUACCCCGUGCGGCAUUGUAUACCUGGCUCGGUGGUUCCCAGUACGCGUUCUUCGACCUCCUCGCCCUCUCCCCCUCAACAUGGGAGAAAUGGAAGGCCUCUGGGGAGUCAUACCACGGCCGGGUGGUAGAAGUAGCCUGGGAGGAGAAAACUGAGGAGUGGAGGGUGCUUAGGUUCAGAGAUGAUAAGCCUAAUGCGAACCAUGUGAGUGUUGUGGAGAAGGUCUUGGAGAGUAUAAGGGACGGGGUAGAACCGGAGGAGGUACGCAGCUCGCUAUCCUUUCUUGCGAAGCGCUCAUACUUCGUAGCUCGUACGAGCAGCACCAGCGAUCCGCGCAGCCUGGAAAGAACGAGAAGACGCCCAAAAACGGCAGGAACAACAGCAACCACAGCAGCAGGAGAAACUCAUCAAAUUAAUGUGGGGUAUCAUGCCCCGUGCGGGUAG